AUGGCGGAUGAGAAGAACGGCGGACGUCUGAGUGACGCUAGCGAUUACUCGUCGGAGGAUGAGGGAACGGAGGAUUACAGGAGAGGAGGCUACCAUGCGGUGCGAGUCGGCGAUACUUAUAAGAAUGGAUCUUAUGUCAUUCAGAGCAAGCUUGGCUGGGGACAUUUCUCCACUGUCUGGCUCGCUUGGGACACCCAAAAUUCGCGUUAUGUAGCUUUGAAGAUCCAGAAGAGCGCACAGCACUACACUGAGGCGGCCAUGGACGAGAUAAAGAUCUUGAAACAGAUUGCGGAAGGCGACGCAGAAGACAAGAAGUGCGUUGUGAAGCUGCUUGACCAUUUCAAGCACGCGGGUCCUAACGGGCAACACGUUUGUAUGGUCUUUGAGUAUUUGGGAGACAACCUCUUGUCUGUCAUCAAGUACAGCGAUUACCGAGGUGUGCCUCUUCACAUGGUGAAAGAGCUCUGUUUCCAUAUCUUGGUUGGUUUGGAUUAUCUUCACCGCGGGCUCUCCAUCAUUCAUACUGAUAUCAAGCCGGAGAACAUUCUCCUCUGCUCCACCAUUAACCCUGAAGCGGAUGCUCGGAAGUCUGGUGCUCCUCUUGUUCUUCCGACUCCAAAGGACAAGGCUGUUCCGGUGGAGAGACAGGCUGAGAAAGAGAAACCUAAGAGUUACACUUACAGUGCGGAUUUGACCAAGAAUCAGAAGAAGAAGAUUCGGAAGAAAGCUAAGAAGGUGGUGGUUGAAGGAUGUGGUGGAGAGGAUGGUUCUGAGGAGAACGAGAGAGAUUCUAACUCCGAGGCCAAAGCAAACGGAGAUUCGGCUGCGGAGAGGUCAGGGGAGAGUUCUGAGAGAGGGAAAGAAGCUGAGAAUGUUAGUCAGAAGAAUCGAGGGAAUAGGAGAGGAAGUCGAUCCACGAGGCAGAAGUUACUUGCGGAUGUUGAACGGAAAUGCAAGUUGGUGGAUUUUGGGAAUGCUUGUUGGACUUAUAAACAGUUUACGAGCGAUAUUCAGACGAGACAGUACCGGUGCCCUGAGGUUAUUCUUGGCUCAAAAUACUCAACCUCGGCUGAUAUGUGGUCAUUUGCCUGCAUUUGCUUUGAGCUUGCUACUGGAGAUGUUCUGUUCGAUCCUCACAGCGGUGAAAAUUUUGAGCGGGAUGAGGAUCACUUGGCAUUGAUGAUGGAGCUUCUUGGGAUGAUGCCAAGAAAGAUUGCAUUAGGAGGACGCUAUUCGCGAGAUUUCUUCAACCGGCAAGGUGAGCUAAGGCACAUCAGGCGGUUACGGUUCUGGCCACUGAGCAAGGUUUUGAUGGAAAAAUAUGACUUCAGCGAGCAAGACGCUAUGGCUAUGCAAGAUUUCAUCACUCCCAUUCUUGAAUUUGUACCUGACAAGAGACCAACAGCUGCUCAGUGCCUAACGCACCCAUGGAUGAAUCCGGUCCCUAGAGCGCUGAAACCUUCAUCGAGUCCGCAAAAUCCCAAAGAAGAAGUUGUUGAAGCAGCAGAUGAGGAUACGGUGAAGGAGAAAGAUGAGAGGGAAGCCAUGGAGGUUGGUGUUGGGAAUAUUGCUAUUGAUGGCUCAGAAGCAAAUGCCUCAGGAAGAGAAGGUCGUCAAUCUGCUCGUGAUCCUCGCACUUGA